ACAAAGGCUACCAGUAGCACUGUCGUCACGAAACCAAGAGCUGUUGCGGUUGUGUCUUUGAGUGCUGGGAGUAUGACACCAGGGAGCCGUCGCAUGCGGCGCUCUCGGGAGGCAGCAGCUUCGAACGAAACCGAUCUGUCAGCGUUUGAGCUGUACGGCAUACAGGGCGACUCGGUUGCGGCCUUGAAGGCGUUGACGUCGGAUGCUCCAUCUUCGUUGACGACAGAUUACAAUACGGCGAUACUCAGGCAUGUCUCUUCCAAAUCCUUAGAUACGCGAGUUGUCGCUUUACGAAACGGUCUCCUAAGUGAGUUAGAUGGUUGUGAGAAGAAAUACUUCAAUAGUCUUAGUCAAGAACAGAUUUCAGUUCGCAGGCGUAAGCGGAACGAAAUGAUAAUGGCUUACAACCGGGCGCUCGUACUGCAAACAUCAGGAUUCUCAAAGGAGUGCAUCCAAAUCUGUCGCGAAAAGCUGAAGGACCUAGUUGUGAAAAAUCAACCGCCUCCGGAAGAGCUCUAUAUUGUUGCGUCUCGCAUGUCGUUUUUAUUCCUCGAAACGACGCUUGGUCCAAGCGUCAGCCGCUCAUCAGGGCUAGUGCAUGAGGAUCUAAGCACACCUUCAAUCUUGUCGGUCAUAGCGUGGUUAAAUUUAUUUAACCUGGAGAAAGAUCCACAGUCCAAGUUUUUAUUGGCUCUUUGUAAGAGUCGGCUUCAUCUCUCUGAGUCGGAUAGGAAGGGAACGAAAUCUGAAAGCAAUGCUCGGUUGGCGAGGAAGGAGCUGAAAGCCGCGAUGGAGAUCCUACAGCAUAAACUUCGGGCAUCUCAUGGUGGAGAUACUGAAUCAGUGGUGUCCUCUUUGAACUCGGAGGAAAUUAUGUCCACGGGUACUCAUCAACUUCAGGAGUCGCACCAACAACUGCUACCUCGCUCGCUAGUUUUGCAAAAGCUCAAUCAAUCGGCAUUGAAUUUGAAGGCAAAAUUAGAGCAAAUGAAGGGGAACGCUAAGAAGUCACUGCUUUUAUGUAGUGAAGCUCGCGGUGCGGCUGUUCUGGAUUCUAGCUACGAACGCAUAAAUUCCAACAAUCUAGGAAUCGUGUACGGCACUACAGGAAAACGCCACUUGGCGCUACAUUCUCUCUUUAAGAGUUUGCAGGUGAAAUCGGAGGCUUCGUUUGAUGUGGACGGUACUUCACGUCCCAAUCAAGCUCUGACUGCUUUGUACAAUACUUCGCUUUGUGCUCUUCAGGCACAGAACUACAUUUGUUCAUAUGAAUGUAUGGCGACUUAUGUUUCUCGCUGUGAUGUAUUCCACGUAGGAGUACGCUGCUGGCUACGAAUGGCAGAAGCUUGUGUUGGAAUCUACUCCAGCUCGAGGCCAUCCAAAUCUUUUAAGGACUUCUGUGCUAUAGAAGUCAACGGGAAAGCGAAAGGUCUACUUUUCGAUCAUGGUUUAUGUACUGAGCAGCCAAAUACGACCCAGGAGAUUCUCGUUCAGGAACUAGCAAGUGGUGAGGACAUUCAACAAGUGAAGCGCAACCCAUUGCUCCGUGCACGUGGCUGUCUGGAACAUCUUCUUUCAAAUCAAGAAGCUUUGGACAAUGACGCUCUCAGCACUUCACGUUUGAUGUUAUCGUUUGUAUUACUGUCGUUCCGCGAAUUUUAUCGAGCUUUAGAUAUGGCCCGUCUUGUGCUCGAUUCUCAAACUUUGGAAGCAGUCGAAGUCGGCAAUGACACCAUUGGCGUGGUCAAGCGGCGCAUCGCUACAGCUCGUAUGUAUGCUGCAGAAGCCUCUUGUGCACUGGGAAACUCAGCUGAAGCAAUGAAAUAUUUAGUCGGAGACGGAAGAGAUGAUGCGUUUGACCGUUUGUCAUCAGACCUGGGUGGCGUUACUAUGGACAUGGCUGCAUUGAAUGGAACAGGGAAGCGCCGUUUGGCCCGAGCUCAAGUGAAAGUUCGAUCAUCGGCAAGCACCGUUACAGCUGCUAUGGACAAUAUGCCCGCAGCCAAACAGCUUGCCAUGUCGGCUCAAGCCAUUGAAAAUGCGUACGCCAGCAAUCGAGAACGAUCGGCAGCGCGGCGGGCUUUGGUGUAUUGUCUGCUGCGUGGUGGUAAUCACUCGGCAGCACUCACUCUUCUUCGAUCAAUAACAUCGACGUUGACGAGUUGCCAAGCCUCCUAA